GCAUCGAAGUGAAGAGGAGAAACAAGCAAAGAUGUCACUGAUUCCGUACUGGGCUCGUCAUUUGAGGAACCUGGCGUGUCGGGACCCCUUGAUGAGGGUUCUAGAGGAUCCCUUCACGGCGCUAUCCAGGGACCCUUUCUUCCGCGACCCGCUGAAGUACAUGAAGCAGAUGUCCGCCCUCGACCACGACCACAGCCACGGCAUCGACGGCGUGCUCUCCGAAACCGAAGUCAAAGCUGACGGGAAGAAAGUCGAAGUCCAUCUCGACGUACAAAACUUCACUCCCGACCAGAUCCAGGUGAAGACCGUCGGCAACGAGAUCACAGUCGAGGGGAAGAAGGAGGUGAAGAAGGAGGGGGGGUGGUCGCGCAGCCACUUCGAGCGGCGGUUCCUCUUGCCCGAGGGUUUCCCGCCAGAGCGCGUGGAAUGCCACCUGGACAAGGGCCGCCUGGUGCUGGUCGCCUUCAGGGCACAGCCGGUGGAGGAGCGCACCGUACCCAUACAGGAUAAGACCAAGGAUGCGGCGAAGUCGUGAAAUGUGAUUCGUUAUUGUUUUGGUUGUAUUUCCUUUGCAUCGUUCAGACUGAUUAGAAUAGUUUGUUUUGUAUUUUAA